AUGGGUGCGUUCAGCGCUUUCGUUACCCGCCGAAUGGAUCCCGAGGCCGCAGAGAAUAGCGGCCUGCGGAGGUGGCGCAGACGUGCGAAUACGGUCGCAGGAGGUAAGUUCGUUUCGUCUGGCAAGGCUUGGAAGGGCAGUGAUGCUGACACGGCAUCGCGCAAAGGUCAGGACGGCCACGAUGUCAAGGUUUCUUGGGCUAGGCGUGCGGCGAAGGGUCUCUGGCAGCGUGUCCACAACCGUGAUGGUCGAGCAAAGGAUACUGAGGCGACUGCGGCCGCGUUGAGACUCGAGUCGGACAACAACCUUCCUAUGGGGGUGAGAACACAGUUGCUGAUCUCUGCUCCUGUGGCUUUCCAUUCCGAUGACACUACGGAGGGUUCUAUUCGCGAUAACAACGCGGUUGCGAUUGAUUCCGGAGGUGCAUCAGUACCAGCACAUCAUGCGCAUGGACAGCAGCAUCUUGCGGUCGAAUCGUCCUCUUUCACAGCCGACACUGUCUCCUCCUCAAGGACCAUCACUGCCACCCAAUUUGGAAGCCCACUGACACGCUUUCCUCAUCAUACACAUGCGCGCAGUCCCACACCUGACUCGAUCCCGGCUUCCACAAGCCCCCGUAUCUCGGAGAUCUCUACCACCAUCGAGUCGCCCUCGGCUUCUGAUCUAUCCGUUGACCCCUACCGCGAGCUCAUCAAUAGCAUCGACCGAUUUCAAUUCGCUCUUCUCGUGGACUCCAGCACCAUUGACAACAUUUGCGGCGACGUACGAGAUGUGCUUGAGAUAACUAGCAACAACUUGCUGACCGUCGGAUGCGACCUCCAAAGGCUUCUGGUCAUCUGGCGCAAGAUCACCGGCAACGCAGCGAACGUUGCUUUGCUUGAGACGCUAGACCCAUGGGCCGUUGUGAGUAAGAAGCACGUCGCAAAAGCCUGUAUAGACAUGAAGAAAGGACUUCAGUCCUAUCGCGACUGGGUGGACAUCGUGGCUCGCAACAAGAUGAUAGCCCAAUCUCAAAACGCGAUCAGUCAUGAGUGGUGCGCAGCCUUGAACCACAAGAUGAAAGCGCUCGAUGUGCUCGAAACGCUGGACUUUGACGAUGUUGCUGCUCAGGUAGAGCUUGUCAUGAGGAAGUACAUGGGUGCUGAGGAGGAAGUCGCGACUCUAAUUGCGGCACUUCGCCUGCACUGA